AUGUAUAAAUCUAUCAAAAGCGGUUCCUCAACAAACUCGCAAGGAUCCUUAUCCAAAAAAGAUAGUUUACAAUCCCUAAAAAGUAAUAAUAGCAAUAGUAGUCAUAUAGGAAGUUCAAGUGGUGGCUUAUUUUCCAGUUUGAAAAAGCUAACCUCUUCUUCCUCCAAUUCAAAUUUACCACAACAACAACAGCAUCAUCAUCACUCUGGAAUAAAAAAACAAGAUUCCAAAACCUCAUUGUCCACCAAAUCUGUCAAAAAUCCAAAAUUAUCAUUGGAUAUCGACGAUAAUACCAAUUCUACUAGUGCAACAAUAACGCCAACACACAACAGUAUCAAUAGCAUUUCUAAAAACAUCAACAAGGAUAAAAAACCCCUUACCAAAAAACAUACAUAUUCAUACAGUAACUUAAACACUCCAUCAUCUGUAGAAGAUAAUUUAUCUGUUAAUUACCAGUCUAGAAGAUCUUCUUCAUCGGUAGAUAAUGACUCAACGUUAUCUAGACAGUUCACCAACCAAAGCCAUAAUCCUAGUGUUUAUUCCUAUAAUACGCUAACAAAUUUACAGAAAUUUAUCGGUCCGGAUGGCAAAGUUAGCUUAGAUAAACCACCCAAUCCUAAAGACAUUGAUGAGCUAUUUGAGGAGCUGAUCCAAAAGAGAAAUUUCGAAAGUUUACCGUUAAGCGCUCAACAACAGUUGAGACAAUAUAGCACGGACAAAAAAUGGCUGUUGGUUAAGCAGGACUUACAAGCGGAGUUAAGAAAACUACAAAGAAAACCCUCGUCUUCUUCUUUGUCAACAGCAUUCACAGUGUCACCAUCGACAGCUCAAAAUUCAAACAAUAUUACACUCUCACCUCUUAAAACAAAUGCAGGUAAUAUUUCGACAACAACAACAACUAUUAACAAUGCUACUAAUGCCAAUAAUAAUAACGCAUAUGCUUCUAGUGCCUCCUCAAUUCGUCGCCACUCGCAUAGAAACAUGUACAAUUUAGAAAAAAGCUCACCAACAAGGUCAAUAUCGGUCAAUACAUUAGAUAGCGGUAAUACAGUUAAUACCAAUGGAAGUUUUUACAUGUUUAAAGAUCGUAAUAUUAGCACAAGUACGAUUGCAUCAGAUCCAUCUCAAUUACCGCCAGAUUAUUAUGUAAGGAAAUUGAUAUCAGACAAAAUCACAAAUAAACAAUUGAAUGACCUAUGGGUUUCUUUAAGAACCCAACCACUAGAUUGGGUGCUAGGGUUUUUGAGUUCACAAGGUCAUAUAGCAAUUGCCAAUAUUUUGUUAAGGCUGUAUAAGUCAGGUUUCACUCCCUCUAAAAAAAAUAAUAGAACAACAACAUAUGAAAGCAUUUUAACUGAAGAAAAACUAGAUGCAGAAGCUUUGUUAUUCAAGUGUUUGAAGACUAUUUUGAAUUUACGAGAGGGGGCAGAUGAGGCCUCGGGCUCCAAAUUAAUUAUUAGCACUAUUGUUGAAGGGUUAUUGUCUUUAAGAAUACAGACGCGUCGUAUGGCCAGUGAAAUGCUAACAUUUAUUGUUGAGUGGAAUAACCACGAAAAUUUCCAAUUGGUUUUGGAAGCUUUGGACCAAAGUUCUUCGAUAACGAGUAACAUUCAUUUGCAAGCCAGGUUGAUGAUGCCUAACAAAAGAAAAUCAUUUUUACUGGAUACUUUAAGGUCAAAUUUGGAAUUAUCGGAUACUCAUGUUGUUAAAAAGUUUGAGGAAUGGUUAUUAGUCUUGGAAUAUAGUUUGGAUGGACGUGGCAAACUAGGCUCGUUGGUUGGUGCAUCUGACGACUAUAAAAAUGGAGGUGAAAAUGCAUUAUUGGAAUAUUGCUAUUUAACUUUAAUACUUAUCAACCAACUUUGUAAUAUACCAGACGAUGUUAAUCAAAGAACUCUACUAAGAUCAAGAUUCAAAACCUGCGGAUUUUCUAGAAUUAUGCAAAAAUUGGAACUGCUAAACUAUGAACCUCUUAAUGAACAGUUACGAAUAUUUGAAGACAGAACUGCAGAUGAUUAUAAUAAGCUAGUUUCAAACAAAGUGUUAAAAGAAAAUAUUGAUAUGGACAACCCUGUUGAUAUGUUAAACACUUUGUGGGAACAUUAUAAAGAAACUGAUGCUGGUAGGUACUUAAUAUCAUUGAUGCAACACGUAUUCAUAUCUGCUACCAAAUUUUCAAAUGAAAACGAUCCUACAGAAGUAAAUAAACACCUAAGGUUGUUGGAUUCUUUGGUUUCUAAUGCAACUAUGUCAAGUCUGGAUAGCGAAUCUUCAUUCAAUAUGGCUAUUCAAAGGCUAUACGACGCUAUGCAAACAGAUGAAGUUGCUCGUAGGGCUAUAUUAGAGUCCAGAGAACUAUCGAAGAGGUUUGACGAGGUUAAAGGUGAAAGAGAUUAUUUAUAUGAAAAACUUCAAAAGUCGCAGGAUGGGCUGGUAGGUAACUUGCAGCAGGAGCUAAAAGAACGUGAUAUUAUCUUAGAAAAAAACAAAAGGGUGACUGAAACUUUGCAUGCUGAAAUUGAGGAUUUGAAGAAAAAAAUGUUAUUAGAAAAACAUAAAUACGAAUUAGAAAAAGUCGUAAGUAGCAGCACUAACGUGGAUAAUGAUACAGCAGAAUAUUACGAUUUUAGUGAGAAAAUUAGACAUCCAUCGAGAAUUGAUCCAGAAAAAGUUAAGGUUAUUCAAAGUCUGUUGGAGAAGAAACAUAUGAGUAGAGAUCUAAGUAGCAUAACUGACAUUUCAAAUAAAUAUGACAGUGCAACUAGCUUUAGCAGGAAGAAAUCAAAUGAUAGAUUGAGAAUGUUAAGAGACAAGAUGCAAGAUAUUGAAAACGAAGCGCGCAUGCUAGAAGGUACUAAUUUUAUUGAUGAUCAUGGGGAAAGACGUGUAGCCACAUUAGAACAAAUGGAUUCGGAUACCAAAAAACAGUAUAAAUUGUCCUCUCCAAUUUCUGUUCAAAAGACUGCUUUAGCUAAUGAAAAGAAUAUUGCGGCGCUAUCAAAGUUGGACUUUUUGCGUCAAAAAUUAGCAGCUAUUCAAAAUGAAAGCAAUGAUGUGACUAAAUUUAAUGUAGAUGCUAGGGUUGAUGAAUUAUUCCAAAAACAAAAGUUGACAGCAUUGGGUAGAUUGAGAGAUUUACAAAACAAUUUUAAGAAUUUAGAUUUUACUGGUCAUGAGGACUUGUUAAAUGCUAUCCAACAAGAUGCGGACGACAUGGAAUAUCAUUCUUUGGAUCCUGGAAAAAUAAAUUCGAGAAUGGAAAAAUUAAACAACUUGUUAUUGGAAUUAAAUGAUAAAAUGGAAAAUGUUGAAAAGGAACAGGUUGAUCCUGAUGUAUCUUCUACCGAUGAUGAUGAUGAUGAUGAUGAUGAUGAGUAUGAUGAUGCUGAAGAGGAUACUGUUCGUAAUUCUGUUUCUACCUCUUUUAUUGCAUCAUUAUCUGAUAAAUAUGGCUCUACUCCGAUUUCUUCCAGAAGGACUUCAGUUAUUGAGCAGUCAAAUCCAGAUAGUAUUAUUAAGGAUUAUAAAAAUACUGGCCGCCAAAACUUUAUUAAGAGGGUUAAGAGAUCUAGUAUCAAUCAUAAUUCUAUGGUUUCUGCAGAUUUUGGAAGUGUGGUCUAUUCGAAUGGGGCAGAUAUAUCACAAGGGAGACAUCUUUCGAAGGGGUCAUAUUUACUUCCAGACUCUAAUGAAAGCGUUCUUAUUUCUGAUAGCGAAUCUGCUAAUUCGGAGAGUAAAAUGAAAAACACUAUAAAUAAACAAGAUGAGAUCACUGGUACUAAGAAUAUAAAUAAAUCGGCAUCCGUUGAUAUCCCUGCUACGAGUAAUAUGAUUGAAAAUACUAGUAGUGAAAAAUCUAUUCCAACACCACCACCACCACCUCCUCCACCAUUACCUCCUAUUUUUAAUAAGGGUGACAAUGCUCAGAAAUCAGCUGAAGUUUCUAUUCCAACACCACCACCACCUCCACCACCAUUACCUCCUAAAUUGGGUGGAUCCAAUUCAGCUAUAUCAUCAUCAUCACCACCCCCUCCUCCUCCUCCUCCUCCUCCAUAUCCAAAUAAAUCAGACAAUGGUGCUGCGCUACCGCCACCACCUCCUCCUCCGAUGAUGCAAGGUAAGUUAUCUUAUAGGUCGCCAGUAUCAUCAGCUACUUUUCCAUUCUCACCGUUAUUUGAUAGCUAUCCACGUCCUAAAAAGAAGUUAAAGCAAUUGCACUGGGAAAAAAUUGACAAUACAGGAGAAUCCUUUUGGAAAGAUGCUAACGCACAAAAAUUGGCUGAUGACUUAUAUGAAAAGGGUGUGUUAUCCAAGCUAGAAGAAGCAUUUGCUGCUAGAGAAAUCAAGAAUCUGGCUAAAAGGAGGAAGGAAGAUUUGGAUAAAGUGACCUUUUUGUCAAGAGAUAUUUCACAGCAAUUUGGUAUUAACUUGCACAUGUUUGCAUCUUUGAAGGUGGAUAAAGUGGUAGAAAAGAUUUUGAAAUGUGAAAAAGAUUUUUUGAACUCUGCUAGUGUCAUUGAAUUUUUAUCAAAACAAGAAAUUUGUAAUGUGUCUAUUAACUUGGCUAAGAAUUUUUCACCAUAUACCACUGAUUGGGAAGGUGUAUCGAAAGUGGAAGAUGCUAAGCUGCCUGAAAAGGACCCAAAUGAGCUACAAAGGGCCGAUCAACUUUUCUUGGCAUUAAUAGUUAAUUUGCAAUCUUAUUGGUCGUCACGUAUGAGGGCAAUUAAAUUGAUAACGACAUUUGAAAAAGAGUACUCGGACCUAGUGGGGAAAGUGAGAAAAAUGGAUAAAGCUGUUGCUGCAGUUAGGAACUCUUCUAACUUGCGUGGUGUUUUAGAUGUUAUAUUGGCAGUUGGUAAUUUUAUGAACGAUACGUCGAAACAAGCUCGUGGGUUUAAACUAAGCACUCUUCAACGAUUAACCUUUAUUAAAGAUGACAAAAAUACCAUGACUUUUUUAAAUUAUGUUGAGUUUAUUAUUCGACAAAACUAUCCUGAAUUUAAUGGUUUUUUGAAAGAUUUAGAACCAGUAUUGGAGGUUGUUAAAAUUUCCGUUGACCAGUUAAUAUAUGAUUGUAAAGAAUAUUCUAAUAAUGUUAAUAAUGUGAUUAAAAGUAUUGAGAUUGGUAACUUGAGCGAUUCUUCCAAAUUUCAUCCACACGAUAAAGUAUUGUAUAAGGUUACACCACUUUUACCUGAUGCCAAAAGCAAGAGCCAAUUACUAACAGAUGAAGUGAUGUUAACAAUGAUGGAAUUUGAAAAUUUAAUGCAACUGUUUAGUGAAGAUUCAGAUGACAAAUUUGCUAAGAAUUCAUUUUUUAAGAAAUUUGCCGAUUUUAUUGCUGAAUAUAAAAAGGCCCAAGCAUACAACUUGAAGAUUGAAGAAGAAGAAAAAUCAUACGAAAGACGUAAGAAAUUAGUAGAGGAACAACAAAGGAAGAUCAAUGAAAGCAUAACUAAUUCUCAAAAUAGAUCUUUAAACGGUGACAUGGAUAACGACAAUAAUUCCUCGGAAGCAAAUGAACGUGAUGUUAUGGACAAACUAUUGGACAAAUUAAAAAAAUCUGGACCAACAAAGGGGGAUGCUUCUUCAGCCAGAAGAAGGGCGCUCACCAGAAAGAGACUAGCUGGAUCGAACAGUUCGGAUUCUACGUCGAUACUAGAUAAUUUUGACGUUGAUGAUAAUUCAGAUUCCUCAUUAAUUUAUUCUCCCGAAAAGAAGAUUUCUCCUGAAAAGGAUAGAGAGUCUAACUCAAGAAAAAACACAUUAACGUCCUCAAACGAUAACAUUUUAUUUAUGAUUAACGAGAACAUUGAUGUUAUUGAAGAUGAGAAGCCAGAACCAAUUGGUGCUCUGGAUCCGGAACAUGAAAAUAAAAGAACCGAGAAAAAAGAUUCUACUGAAGAUGAUAAGAUCUCUGCUAGAGCCAAGACUUUAUUGAACGGUUUAAGAAGCAAACAACCUGAAGAUAGACGCGGCCUAACAGAAGAAGAAAGAAAGAAUUUAAGGGCUAUGCAUAGAAAAACACGUUCUGAAAACAGCAAUAGACUGUUAUUUUCUACAGGGAAUACUAACGAAACAGUUGAUAUUGAUACCACUCACCGUUAUACCAAUAACAGGUAUUCAACGCCUACAUUGGAAAAUAUUUUAGAUGAUGGGGAAUCAAGGAUAUCUUCAUUAGAAGAGGAAGGCGUGGAAGAUAAACUAGAUACUAGCAUGAGAAAAGAUGAAGAAGAAGUGGACGAAUCUGACCAGACAUUUAAUACCUUUAAUGACUAG